AUGCUUCCAAGAAGCUCGUGGCGACAGCAGAUCCGCGCGCUGCAGCGCCACGCCCAGCGCCGCCACGCGCGCGCGCCAUUGGCCACGUCUCGCGCGUUGUCCUCCGCCCCUUCGGGUGCUAGCGGUGACGCGGAGUUCGCGCUGGGCGUCAAGUACCUGCUGGGCAAAGCCGACGGCGCGGGCGAAGUGGGCAGCGCCGCGUCGGUGCACGGCGCCGUGCUGCACUGGACGAAUGCGGCGGAGCUGGGCCACGUGCGCGCGCAGGGCGCGCUGGGCAGCCUGUACCUCAAGGGCCACGCCGGCAUCCCGCGCAACGUGGCGCUGGCCACGCAGUUCCUGCAGCAGGCGGCCGACGCCGGCCACGACGGCAGCUGCCACGAGAUCGGCAAGCUGCUGUUCCAGGGCAGCGACGAGGUGCCGCAGGACUUGGAGCGCGCGCUGCACUACUGGACGCGCGCGGCGGAGAGCGGCCACAUGGCGGCCAGCUACGACCUGGGCUACAUGUACGCGCAGGGGCUGCACGUGGGCCAGGACGACGAGAAGGCCGUGCAGCUCUACCGCCAGGCGGCCAAGCAAAACAUGCCCGAGGCGCACCGCGCGCUCGGCGCUGCUUGUCUGCACGGACGCGGCGUGGAGCAGAGCGCGGAGCAGGCCGUGACGCACUUCCGUCGCGCGGCGGAGGCUGGCAACGCGCUGGCGCAGUUCGACCUGGGCGCGUGCUACAUGCUGGGACGCGGUAUCGAGCAGGACCACUCCAAGGCGGCGCAGUUCUUCUUCCUCGCUGCCGAGGGCGGCGUCCCGCAGGCACAGCUGUGCUUGGCGCAGUUGUUCGAGAACGGCCAGGGGAUCCCGGCCGAUCGCGAGAAGGCGGUGCAGUACUACCAGUUGGCGGCGCAGGGCGGACUGCAGGAAGCCACGCAGGCUCUGGAUCGUCUUGGAGCACCUCACGAGCCGGAGAAGGAGAUGUAG